GUUGUUGUCCAAGAUGGAGCCAGAUGUACUAUGCCACGGGCAGACAGGAGCCCCCCACACAACGGCGACUCCUCUGCUAAGCCUGCCCUCGGAGCUGGUUCAACACAUCCUCAGUUACCUCAGCAUAUCAGAUCUCCUCUCGGCCGGCCUUGUGAGCAGGGCUUUGCACGAGCACACGCAGCAAGACGUUAUCUGGCAGCACAUUGUCCAGGCCCAGGUGUCGGGCCCCGUGUCCAAGCCAGCACAUCUGACAUGGCAAGGCCUGUACAGGCAACACCAUCCCUACUGGUUCAUUGCUCGACGGAAGAUCUGGUUCGCCGACAACGCGCACACGGGCAAGCUCAUUGUCGCGCGCUACGACCAUAGGCUGGAUGCGAUUGAGGCGUAUGCGCUGGUUGCCGAGCGGCGAAUACUGGCAUCGUUGUCGUGGGACAUACACCCCGAUGCCAUCAUCCACACGUUUAGUCCACGUGUGCAGCUGGACCUGAAUGCGCCAGUGAUUCGGCUGAACAAGGACGCCUACGAAGAAGCCGUAGGACCAGCGGGCCGUCGCCUUCAAAAGGAAAUCCCCAUGAACUUGUCUCGACACGCGGCACUGUACUCGCAGCUCCUGCUAACCAGACCCUGGCCGGAACACAUCACGACCGACGCGACGCCCGUAUGGCCCCCGCUCACACUACCCAGUGCCCAGCGUACACGCAAUGACCAGCCACCGUCGGGCUUUGCGCAAACGGGCCAAAAGCCCGGCCAGCUCGACGAGCUCUCUACUUGGACUUUCCGGUUGCGCAAGUGGAUGCAAUUCUCGACGCAGUCAAUACGACUCAACAUGCGCAUCGGUGAGGACAUCACCACGUGGGCGACACUGCCCGAGGAGUGCUAUACGCCGACUGCACAGAAACCAUGGCAGGGCAUCUGGUGUGGCGACUAUGCUGGACAUGGUUGCGAAUUCCUGGCCAUUAUGCAGCCCGACAAGCCCAGGCCUCUGCCCGAGCGAGCAGAGUGGGCUCUGCGGGCGAGCGAGCGCGAUGGGAGCGUGAGCAGCAGCGGGUCUUGGACCACGGCGCCCACCGAGGCAGCGAGUUCAGACCGGAGCGAGGACGAGAUGCAAACUGCAGACGAUCUGGAAGACAGCGUGGCCACGCUUCAGGCAACGUAUCACCAACGCUCAGCCGAGGCUCUUGGCCAGCCAAGUACAUCGCCAGACGACGAUGGCGUCUAUCGUGGCCGCAUCGAGGCUGUCAAACUGACUGGGGACCCGAAUAUUCCUCGGGGCGAAUACACAUUUAUUGCGCCUGAUAUUGGACCGGGUGGCUUGUUGCGGGUUGCGGAUGAGGAGAUCUUCAAAGGCGCGCGCAUUGUCCGGAGCGUGGGACACAUCGCAGCCACGGGUUUCCGAGACGACAACUACAUGCCGUCGCAGCUCAUUUUGAUUUCGCAUGACCGGAUAGCGCAGUACUGGGAGACGUUUGGUCACGUGUCCUUUUACGAGCGAGUGGACAUUGAUGCUUUGACGAGGGUUUAG